UCUCUGUGAUGUUGAUAUUUUGAUAAGUACUUAAAUGUCUAAUGUAAGGAUUCUUGUGCUCGUUGAACUCUUUGGAACAUACUGAAACUAAAACAGACAAUAUUAUAAUAAUUAUUUAUAUAACUAAUAUUAUGUUAGUGCAUACAAGUACUACAUAGGCACAUAGUGCAUACUACAUUACUGCAUUAGUUCACACGUCCUGUGCACGGCUGUGCUGCAUCAAACAGAACAAUUUACAAUUAACAAUCAUAAUUUAUUGAGCAUUGUGCAUAGAACAAAUUAUUCUAUGUCUCAUUAAUUAAACAUAAUACUCACAGACACUGAACAUUAGGACACUAGAGUACUAGUCGUAUUAUCUGGAAUUCUGGAACUAGGAAAAUUAAAAUACAAAAGGGUUCCAAAUGGCGUGGAGAUCUCACGGUCGAAAUAAUAUUGAACUUGUACAAAACUUACGAGCUAACAAUGUUAUUAAAAGUGAUAAAGUAGAAUUAAUAAUGAAAGCGGUUGAUAGGGGCAAUUAUGUAUCGACAUCACCAUAUUUAGAUCAACCACAAAGUAUUGGCUAUGGAGUUACAAUCAGUGCACCACAUAUGCAUGCAUACGCUUUGGAACUUUUGAAAGAUCAAUUAGUAGAAGGAGAACGAGCCUUAGAUAUUGGUUCUGGAUCUGGAUAUUUAACUGCUUGUAUGGCUACAAUGUUAGGAGAAAAUGGAAAAGCUGUUGGUAUUGAUCAUAUUCCUGAACUUGUUGAAAAAUCUUUGGAAAAUGUUAAAAAAGAUAAUCCAGAACUAUUGAAUUCACAGAGAGUGAUUUUAGAAACUGGAGACGGACGACUAGGAUUAGAAAAAUAUGCGCCAUAUAAUGCAAUACAUGUUGGUGCUGCUGCUGAAAAAAUUCCACAACCGUUAAUCGAUCAAUUAAAACCUGGUGGGCGUCUUGUAUUACCAAUUGGGCCACAAAAUGGAGAGCAAGUGUUAGAAGUGAUUGAUAAAAAAUUAGAUGGUUCAGUAUCCAGGAAAAAGCUGAUGGAUGUGAUCUACGUUCCUCUAACAGAUGCAGCAUCUCAAAGAAGUAAAUGGAACCAUUGACAAUGACCAUGUAAAUUUAUUUUGUGUAAUAAAAAUAUAUUACUCAAAUAGCUAUGAAUAUUCAAUUAAUAAGAUAUCUCUAGUUUUUAUAUAACGUGUAUCUGAACAGAAUAUCACUGUAAAUGUUUUUCUAAACGCGUUAUUUUUAUUUUUUAUUUAUUUUUUGUUACAUUUAGGAAUAAAAUUCAUUCCUAAAUGUUGAUAUUGUAUUUAACAUUGUUAUUAAAUUAUAUUUAUAAAUUAAAUCUUUCUGACGUUGAUUGUCUAAAUUAUUUUUUAGAAUACAUUUAUCAAUUAUAAUACCUUGACUGUUUUAAAACUGUAUUGCUUACUAUCGAGAAUAAUGUUCUAUUAGUUAUUUUAGUGAUUUAUUUUAUACAAUAUGUUUUGUAAUUUAAUUAUUACCAAUA